GCAAAGCUUCGACGCUUUAGCUGCAGGGCUUUUGCCACUUUCGCGCUUCAUGUGAUCUCCUUUUGCCUACGAAUCCCCCCACCAGUCCACCUUCUCCUUGUCCUCUUCCUCCCACACUCCCUCCAUCUUUGCACGUAUCCUCCCAACCCUCACCUCUUCGUACCUCCCCAAAACCCACCCCAUGGCAUCCUCCCCCUCUCCCAAAUUUCCUACCUAGCCCCCACUCUCUCCCCAAACCCCUCCCGUCGCCUCCCCUGGCACCGCCGGAAUGUUGCCCCACGUCGCCCAACACAUCCGCCGCGAAAAGCUCCGCGUUCAGCCAUCCUACGAUCCCUCCACCCCUCCCCCUCAAUUAGACUUCUCCGCCCCCGAUUCCUCCUUCUUCAACCCCUUCGAACCCUCCUCCGCUGCUUGGAAACCCGAUUGGAUUCUCCCCUGCUCCGCCGAAUCGCAUUUUCCUUCUUUACCCUUUAACCCUUACUCUUCUCUCCACGAAGCGAUGAGCUCCUCUACCCCAACUUUAGCGAGCCAAGCCGGAUCUGAUUUGUCGCCUCUUCCUCCUCCCCCGCGCUUCGAUACCGGUAACGAACUUCUUCUUCUUCCUAGCUACAACUCAGGAUCGGGUUGGACGACGAAAUCUUACUCCGAUACUCAGAGGCUAUCACUCUCCCUAGCUUCCAACCCGCCGCAGGAGAUUCAUCCAGCGCAGCUCGGCUCAAUCGGCGAUAGAUGGCUUCCGAUUCAAGGAAUCGGUGGCGGGCGUCAAGCCGCCGGCCCCCUCGGCCCUUUCACCGGCUAUGCGGCGAUAUUGAAGAGCUCUAGGUUCUUGAAGCCGGCGCAGCAGCUGCUUGAUGAGUUCUGUGGCCUGGUCAGUGGAGCGAGGGUUGGGAAGGAUAAUGAUAGCAGUAGUUCGCUGGCGAUCUCGUCUCCUUCUCUUCAGAGUUCGACGGAGAUUGCAGGUGUUGAAGGAAGCGGUGGUUGCCAUGGUGGUGAGAUUAAAUGGCCGGAGUUUGAGCAGAAGAAAGCUAAGCUGCUUUACAUGCAGGAAGAGGUUUGCAAAAGAUAUAAGCAGUAUCACCAACAAAUUCAAAUGGUGGUUUCCUCGUUUGAAUCCGUCGCCGGCCUGAGCUCAGCCACACCUUAUGCUUCCCUAGCCUUAAAAGCUGUUUCAAAGCAUUUUCGAUGUUUGAAGAGCGCAAUAUCCGAUCAGCUCAGGCACGUAUGUAACAUCCUCGGCGAGGAGAUGAUGGCUUCGUCUCCUUGUUCCAGUCGAAAUGACACCUUGACAGUUUCAAAGCUAAAAUACAUCGCCCAGAGUGUUCGACGGCAGAAGGGCGGUGGUGACAGCAGCAUCAGCUUCUCGGAUAACAGCCACCCCAUAUGGCGGCCUCAGAGAGGCCUUCCUGAGAGAGCAGUGUCCGUUUUGAGAGCAUGGUUGUUUGAUCACUUCCUUCAUCCGUAUCCAACUGAUACUGACAAGCACAUGCUGGCAACUCAGACAGGGCUGUCCAGGAACCAGGUCUCGAAUUGGUUCAUCAAUGCGCGAGUCCGAUUGUGGAAGCCGAUGGUUGAAGAGAUCCACACGCUCGAGACUAAAGGAAUCGCGGGAAUGGACCUGAACUCUUCAACCAAAACCAUCCACCAAGCUUCGAUCAAUCAACAAUUGGAAGCACAGUCGAGCAAACAUGUUGAUGUUUCUGCUUCUGGCACAGCGACCAUCGAGAAGAGUUCGCAUUGCUUGGAGCAGUGGCAUCAGGAGAAGAGGUCCAGGAUCGAAGAUUGCGCCAUGGAUGCAGGGUUGAUGAGCUUCGCAUACCAGGGCGGAAUGGAGAUCGGCAGCCUCAGUGCCGUUUCGCUAACUCUUGGACUCCGGCAAGGAGAAGACUUCCAGCAGGAGCAGCAGAUGAGGCAUUUUGGACAUCAAAUGCUUCAUGAUUUUGUGGGCUGAGAUGUUUUGGUCUCUAAGUGUGUUCUUUGUAUCUAUCUUAUGUUAAGUAAUGAAGGAAUUGGGUUUCAAUGGUAUGAUGUGAUAUUGAUUACAGAUCAUUUAUAUGAGAGGUAGUGCUGGUUUUAGGGGGAAGUUAGGUGUGGGGGGAGUAGAUUCAUCCUUUGUAUAUUGUUAAAAACUUUUUGUCCUAGUUCCCCCAUGGAAGUCGCCAAGCUAUUGAUGAUCAUUCAAGGUUUCAUUA